AUUUAAUUAUUUUAAUUUACAGCUAAGUAUGUUUAUUGAAAGAAAUUGGUUCCUUCUUCAUUUAUCUAUUUAAAAGAUCUUAAGACAUUUAACUCGUUUUUUUGUUCUCUAAUGUAAAAGAAAAUGUCUUAUAAUUUCAAGAAAGAAGAAGACGUUAAAGAAUAUAUAAAGAAUAUAGGAAUUGAGUAUAGAUUUGGUUGUUAUAAUGAAAAAGAUCCACAAAUUUGUCAACUACUUGGUGACUAUUUGGAAAGUAUAGAAAGUAAUCCCGAUAAAGCAUCUAAAAUAUUUAAACAAAAUUGUGAUGAACGAAAUUUUGGACGAAGCUGUUAUAAAUAUGCUUCUUAUUUAGAAAAACAAAAUUCUAAAAAUUUAAAACCUAUUUUACCCGAAAUGAUCAAGUAUUUAAAAAAAGGUUGUGAUAAUGAUUCAUCUGAUGGCUGUUUUGCUGCUGGCAUGAAGUUAAAUUACCAUAGCCAUCUAAUUAAUGACAUUGAUGAAAAAACAAAAAGUUUACAAGAAGGUUUACAAUAUUUAGAAAGAGCUUGUAAUAACCGUCACGCAGAAGCUUGUUAUGUAGCUAGCAGUAUUCAUUUUAAUGGAAUUGAAGAAAUUGGUUUAAAGCCUAACAAAUCAAAGUUCUUAGAAUACUCAAUAAAAGCUUGCGAGCAAAAUGAUAUAAGAGCAUGUGUGAAUGUAUCAAUUGUUUAUAAAAAGGGCGAUGGUGUACCAGUUGAUUUAGAAUUAGCUCAACAGUUUAAAGAUAAAGCUUUAGAUAUUAGAAAGCAGAUAAUAGAAGAAAAAGGUGUACAAUUUAAUAGUUAAUCAAAAAGUUUUAUAGAUCAUAGCAAUAUAUUAUAAAAUUUAUUAUACAA